GAGUCAAUUCAACUAUAACAUAUUUGCGCGUUACCUAUAGAGGUAAAACAAAUUCCACCAUAAUCAUCGGCUCCUAAAAUAAGAAAUUUUGACUGUUGAUUUUAAAAGCUUCACUUCGUUGCUUCCUCCUCUCUUCGGUUCUUCCUUACACUGUUCACCGUCAAAAAUGUCGUCGGCUGGUCUUGCUGUCGUUCCAGUUCUAAAUGAACCUUUGACUACUCCCAGUCAUAUAAGUCCUGGAUCGGGUCAUUGCGAAAGUGAAUCGAUUUGUGUGUAUUUGGCUUUUUCUGGAUCGAUGAUUCCGAUGCGGAUUCUGGAAUCGGAUUCUAUUGAAUGCUUGAAACUUCGGAUUCAAACCUGUAAAGGUUUUGUUGUAAAGAAUCAAAAGUUGGUUUGUGGAGGCCGGGAAUUGGCAAGGAGCAAUUCCCUUGUUCGUGACUAUGGAGUCAACGAUGGGAAUGUUCUACACUUGGUUCUUAAGCUUUCCGAUCUUCAGGUCAUUAAUGUUAAGACUUCGUCUGGGAAAGAAUUUACAUUUCAUGUUCGACGAGGACGAGGAUGUGAUGUUGGUUAUGUGAAACGGCAGAUUGCUAAGAGAGAGAAAUGGUUUACUGAUCUUGAUGAGCAGGAAGUUGUUUUUGAUGGGGAGAGAUUAGAGGAUCAAAGGCUUAUUGAUGAUAUAUGUAAGCAUAAUGAUGCUGUAUUGCAUUUGUUGGUCCGGAAAUCUGCCAAAGUUAGGGCUAAGCCUGUUGCCAAGAAUUUCGAGUUGUCUAUCAUGGCACCAAAAUCGAAAGGUAAGCGAGAUAAUGAUGUUGGUGAGACAAACGGUGGAGUACAAUAUGAAGCUGAUAGAAAGUUUGUACCAAGAAAACCUCCCGAGAGGGAUUUUAUAUUGGAGCCUGUUAUUGUUAAUCCCAAAGUUCAAUUGUCUUCAGUGAUUGUCAAAAUGAUUAAGUCCACAUUUGAUGGAUUAUGUAGCAAGAAAAAUCCAAUCAGGUCUAUGGAAGGUACUGGGGGAGCUUAUUUCAUGCAGGAUUCAUCGGGUCAAAAGUUUGUUUCUGUUUUUAAGCCUAUUGAUGAGGAGCCUUUAGCUAUUAACAACCCUAGAAAACUACCAAUGUCAUCAGAUGGUGAAGGGUUGAAAAAAGGUACAAGAGUUGGAGAAGGAGCGUUUAGGGAAGUUGCAGCUUAUAUUUUGGAUCAUCCACGAUGCACAAUAUAUGGUGAUCAGAAGGGUUUUGCCGGGGUCCCUCCUACUACUUUGGUCAAGUGUUUGCAUAAUGGGUUUAACAAUCCUGAUGGUUCACCAAAAGCCAAGAUCGGGUCAUUGCAGAUGUUUGUGGAGAACCGUGGAAGUUGUGAGGAUAUGGGUCCUGGGUCUUUCCCGGUCGAGCAAGUACAUAAAAUCUCGGUGUUGGAUAUAAGAUUGGCUAAUGCAGAUAGACAUGCUGGAAACAUUUUAUUGAGCAAAGAUAAAGAUGGGCAAACAUUGCUAAUUCCAAUUGAUCAUGGCUAUUGCUUGCCUGAAAGUUUUGAAGAUUGCACUUUUGACUGGCUGUAUUGGCCUCAAGCUCGUCAAUUGUACUCGUCUGAGACACUCAACUACAUAAAAUCCCUCGAUGCUGAAAAAGAUAUUGCACUUUUGAAAUACCUUGGGUGGGACAUACCGCCUAAAUGUGCACGUACCCUCCGCAUCUCCACCAUGCUUCUCAAAAAGGGUGCUGCGAGAGCGCUCACUCCUUAUGCCAUUGGAAGUAUAAUGUGCAGAGAGAACUUGAACGAGGAAUCGGUGAUUGAGGAAAUUGUACAAGAGGCGGAGGAAAGUGUGCUUCCCAACACAAGUGAAGCUGCAUUUCUCAAAAAACUAUCCCAAAUCAUGGAUUGUCGUCUUGAUGAGAUUGCUGGGUCACACAUACUAUAAGUACAGAGUAUCUAAUAGUGAAUGGUGGUUCAUAGUUGUUUGUUAUGUUGUACAGGCCUCCACAUUCUUCUGCAUCCAUAUAUGGGACCUCAAAUGGCCUAGCAAGGUGGUUAUGAAAGCACAUAAUGGUUUGUUCUUCUCUACUUUCAUGUAAUUCUCUAUUUCUUAUGGCACAUUUACAAAAAAGGCUUCUUAAUUUUAGGCCAUGAUUCUUGUUUUGAAUUGAUUUUUAAAAGAAUUUUUUUAUUGUUUAUUUUACCAAAA